AUGACUGGACUAAAACCAAAUUGCCUUGCAUACCAAAAUCAAACCAUGUCAACCUUUAACGGUGUACGUAGGUGCAUUAUUAUUUAUCUAAAAAGUUGGCUAAUCAAAAGAAAUCUGUAUGACAACGAUUUAUCACAAAUUACUUUCAAAACAACGGAAAUUGCCGUUUCAUUCGUAUACCCAAAACAUGUGACGAAAUCUUUGGCGCAAUUAGGAAAAAUGGAUGAAGUAAAUAAAUACAUAUUAUUUUUGAACUACGUCCCUAAAUGUGGAUCGGAAAUAUUAAUUUUACUUUUACAAAAAUUACAAGGCUACAACAACUAUAGACACGUAAGGUUGAAAGGUGGAAGUACCAAAGUUUUGACUAAUUUACAACAGGAUAAUGUGGUGUCUGAAAUAUACGAUACGGUAAAAGCGGUGGCGGUUCCUGUCAGUUUUGAUCAACAUGUAUUCUUUUUGAAUUUCACAACUUUUGACAAACAAUUUCCUACCUAUAUAAAUUUCAUUAGAGAUCCAAUUGAUAGAGUAUUAUUAAGGUCAUCAAAAAAACAUUAUAAUUACAAAUGUUUUAUGAGUAAAAGAAACGAUUGCAACAUAAAUAAUGGACAACUCUAUGAAUUAUCGGUUCCUUAUUUCUGUGGUCACGAUUAUCGAUGUUUGAAUCUCGAUAACAAUUGGGCUUUGCAAAGAGCCAAAGACAAUGUUGUAAAAUAUUUUCCAGUUGUAGGCGUUCUAGAGGAGUUUAACGUUACAUUAGAAAUAUUAGAACACAAAAUACCAUACUUUUUCAAGGGAAUUCAAAAGUUGUAUCAAAAUGAUUACCUUCAUUUACAAAAUAAUCGAAAGAAAUUAAUUGCACCAAAACUAAUCAGACAAAAACUGGAAACUGUUUUGGUUAACGAAUUAGAUUUUUAUUUAUGGAUAAAGAGUAGACUGUUUCAACAAUUACAAAUUUUGUAUGGUGAUCAUCGGCAUUAAUUAUGCAACAUUAUCAGUCUUCGAAAGAACAAAUAAAUCGACACUAUUUUAACAAACGAGUGAGUCUGUGAUAUCAUCUAAUUUUUGAUAAUAAAUAUUGUAAAUUAU